AUGGUUCAAAGAGUUACUUACAGACGUCGUCUUUCCUACAACACUCGUUCCAACCGUGUCAAGAUCGUCAAGACUCCUGGUGCCAAACUUGUCUACCAAUACCAAAAGAAGCCUGUUAAGGGUGCUCGUUGUGGUGACUGUGGUAACACCUUGUCUGGUAUCAAGGCUCUCCGUGCUCGUGAAUUCGCUACUAUUUCCAAAACCAAGAAGACUGUGAACCGUGCUUAUGGUGGAUCUCGUUGCGGUCUCUGUGUCCGUAACCGUAUCAUGCGUGCCUUCUUGAUUGAAGAACAAAAGAUCGUCAAGCGUGUCCUCAAGGCUCAAAAAUAG